GGUGAGCGUUCCUUGGGUUCGUCUGUGCAUGUGGAGCGUGCGUGGGUGAUUCCUGUUGCGUGUCGUUCGUUUGAUUGUGCGUGAAAGACAUGGGACUUGGCCGUCAGGCCGCUUAGGACGUUCGGAAUCGCUCGCUCGAAGGGUGAGCGAUGCAUCCUCCUCGUGAGCCGUCGGUGCGGUAUCCCGGUCCUCAACACGGUCACCCGCAUCCCCGACGCGGCAACUGGCGUCAACCACGCCAUCCCUUAGGCUACCCCCGCAACCCCAACCCGUCGCAAUAUGGCUUCGCGCCGCAGCCGCAGCGUGCCGCCAGCGGUGUUCGCCCAGGACCUCCGCUGCUGCAUCAGCACCAGCAGCAGCAGCAUCAGCAGCCGCAUGUGCCCGGGCGCCAGCAGGUGGACCCGCUGGAGCACGAGAACAGGGUGAGCAUCAUGAGAAUGGCACUCGACUCACUCAAGCAGGAGAAGACGUUCAAGGCGUUCUGUAAGGUGAGAUCAGGAAGGGAGGAUGGGACAGAGAGAGGGAGGGGGGUCGGAAACACACGUUGAUCGAUGUGGAUGUAUGCCUGCAGCCGGUGUUUGCCAUGCGGGAGAAGUUCACAAGGACGAUGGACCUGCAGACGCUAGAGGUGAGGGGCGACAGGACAGGGAUCGACAAUGUCCGGAUGGACAAGACACGGUCGGUCAUGUGUGCCCCCGUGUGUGUGUGUGUGUGUGUGUGGUUCAGGAGAACGUCAACAACGGUUUCUACCCCACUCUGGAGUCCUUCGCGAGUGACCUCAGACUCAUAUGGGUCAACUGCGAGAACUACGCCAAGGAGGACUCGGUCAGGAUGACACCUCAUGCACACAUCCACAUUAUCUGCAUCAGCGCAUCCAUCCAUCUGUUUCCUUUCCGCAUGUGUCUCUCUUCAGAAGAUCUACGGCCUGGCGCGCGACCUGUGCAUGAGGGCAGCGGAAAUCCUGCGGCCUUACCUGCCGCACUUCCCAUUCCAGAACACCAGCCUGCCCGGCGAUGCAAACCCGCCGCCGCCGCCUCCCCCUCCAGGUGCGGAAGCAACCACUUGCACACACACGAGAGAGAAACACACAUCUGGCUGUCUGCCGUCUAUGUGUUGUCAGGUGAGCCUCCCGGAGGCCCUCCCUCGAUGCCCAACCCCUACCACCAGCCGCAGCCCUCGCGGCCCUUCCCACAACGGAGCCAGCAGAUGGCCCAGCAGAUGGGACGCCCCUUUCCCCCACCCCCACCCAUGCGCCCGUCGCAGUAUGGUGAGUUCGGCGGUGACUUCGGAGGCGGCGGCUACUAUCCUCCGCCCCAACAGGGCGGCAGAGGCGGCCCCACCCUUGGGCCCAAGGAGCCGAUGCGGCCACGACGGCCACCGGUGCCACCGCAGGACAUGAUGCGCCCUCCCCCCAUGCACACGCCCGAUGGCCCCGAGCCCAUGCACACCAUGAGCCCUCGCGGCGGCAUCUCGUUCUACCCCCCUCGCCCGCCCCCACCGCCCCCACCCGACUUCGAUGAUGCCAGUCACGACGGGGACCACCCAGGGCUGUCGUUCGACAUGUCGCCUCCGCCACCCACGGAGGGCCCACAUGUCCGGUCACCGAUGCGAUCGCCACCCAUGAGGCGAGGCAAGCGGCCGCCCGACUCGUCGCCAGUGGACAGGAGGGGCAAGGGCAGUCAAGGGCCAGGAGUGCCAGCCGGCAACAAGAGAGCCAAGAGGCAGACGAGAGCGCCCUCAGCGCCCGUGCACUCGGGGCAGAUGCCCCCGCUGGGCGCCAUGGCGGCCGAGCCGGGCGCCCGGAAGCUGGAGGUCAUCGAUUCGUCAAACGGCGACAAGACCCCGCGGGUCGCCAAGCCGCCGGCAGCCGUCAAAGAGAAGAAGGAGCACUUCUUCGACGCUCCCAGGGUGACAGCGUUCGCGAUGAAGUCGAGCCCGCAGCCCUCCCGACGGCAGCCGCUCAUUCGACGGUUAGAGGAGGAGAAGGCCCGCAUCGCAUCGCUCGGCAGCCAGCUGGACGCUGCCGUGGACGGCAUGGCGCUGAGCGACCGUGCCGCAGAGGCCAUCCAGGAAGGCGUGUGGCGGUGGACAGAGUUCUGUCGACAGGAGAUGUGGCGCGUGCUGGUGGGGGAGCCAACACAGACACAGGAGGGUGACGGCCCCAACAAGGAGCACCUGUACUGCUCGGUGCACAUGGUGGGGGCCAUGGGCACGGGGGUCAUAGCGGGGGAGGACGCCACGCUCGAGCUGCUGACGAUCGUGCUGAGCCCCCCUGGCGAGAAGGCGCAGCCCAAGUCUGUCGUCUUGCCCUUCAUCCACCAGUGGCUGGAUCGGGCCCUGGCUGACGACCUGCUCCAGGGAUGGACCAAGACAGCGGCAGACCCGUCCACGACCAGCAGCAGCAGUGACAAGACGGUCGCCCUCACCUUCGUCUCGUCCGCCGACCCGCCAGUCACGGUGAGGUGUGUGAUGGGUUUCAGCCCCUACGAGUGGUCCAACUCGGCCGUCGCCUACACGCGCCUGCUCCGCUCGUACGCCUUCGCGAGCGACAGCGUCACCAAGGCGGCCCUGCUGAUGCACCGAUGGGCCAGGAUGGUGGGCCUUCCCUGUCGGUAUGUGCCCUUCCUCGAGGCGCCAUCGCACCACAUCUUGCCACUCGAGCGGCCGGGCGGGAGUGGAGGGGAGGACAAGGCAGUGCCAUCGAGCUCACAGCCAUCGGACGCCUUGCCACCGUCGGAUGCGCCGAUGGGGGAAGACGAGCUGUUCGACCAGCCGGUCUUCUUCAUGCCGGUCCCUGCUGCUUCCGAGGUCAAGAGUGGCGUCAAGACAGAGGAGCAGGAGGCCGGUGCUGUCAUAGAGGAGAAGCCGCAGGAGCAGGCUGUUGCCAGCACCCCCCCUCUUCCUCCCUCUCCCCCAUCUGUCCCGUCCGUCCCCCUGGCGCACGACUUCUGGACCUGGGUUGUGGUGUUUGUGGCGCAGCUGCCGCAGUACAAGAGCAGCCGGCACCAUGCGGCCCUGCCCAACCUGCAGCGGUGCAUCUCGCAGCAGGCCCCGGACCGCCUGCUCACCAUGGACCUCGAGGGGCUGCCCACCAUCUUCCUCCUCGAGAAGGGCCGCAUGGGGUGGCGAUCGAGCCCCGCCGUCGCAUUCCCUCUGUUCGACCCGCCCGCCAUGUCGGCCAUGCGUGAGGCAUACGAGAACAACUUGGGUGGCCUCGAGCAAGAGCAAGAGGGGGAUGAGCAGCAGCAAGAUCUAGAUGGGCCCGCGGGGGCAAAGGAGGGAGAGAGGGAGGGUGAGGGGGGUGGAGUUGGUGUGAAGGCGAUGGAUGAGGUGGCGCGUCUAUCGCAUGAGAGGGAGGAGCGGCUGGACAAGAAGGUCUUUGGGGGCAGCCGCAACAUCUACUGGGAGUACUCGGCCGUCGAGCUGCUCGACGACGUGUGGGAUUUCAUCGCAGACAUGGAGUGGGCCGACACCGGGCUCUCUAUCAGAGAAGGUACGGUCUGCUACACACCCACACACACACAGUUCGCCUCCCUGUGCCAUACAUGUGUAUAAUGGUCCGACAUCGAUCAGGUGAGCAGAUCCGCAAGAAGCGGCCGUCCUUCAGCAGCGACCAUGCCCCACUCAUCGAGGACCCCAUCACACGCCUCAACCUCUGCGCACCCACCCGCCCGUCGCAGUUCUCAACCAUACCAACCACCAUCAGCACACAGCAGCCAGACAAGGAUGGCAAUGACGACCCCGCCAUAAAGGAAGCGUGGGCAGCCUUCUACGCCAUUCUCAAGAACAAGGCGAUUGAGACGCGAGACGGUCUGAGGCAGAAAAUCGGGGGAGAUGGCCUCGGGAGUGCCAAUGGUGCUGAUGGCAAGACGGGCGCUUUUGACCUGCUGUUGGGACAGUGAGUGGCCGCUGCUUAAGCUCGGUCAGCUUCAGUCAGAUCAGUGGUGAGUCAGUCUCCUGGUAACAGUGUGUCGUGACCUACCUGGAUUAGAUGGAUGAAUGAGCGGUGUUUUGUUCAUGCAUUGACGGGGAGUCUCUGACGUCGCUUUGCCUUGUGUUUAAUCAUGAGAUGUGCA